AAUUUAUACAAAACGUUAUUACAUUUGGGUAAAGAUUAUCCAUCGGGAUACGAUUUUUUCCGAACCAGACUUCACCGAGCUUUUAUGAAAAAUAAAGAUGAAAAGGAUCCAGAAAAAAUCGAAAAAAUGUUGGCUCACGGACAAUAUAUCAUUAAGGAAUUAGAAGCUUUGUAUAUGUUGAAAAAAUAUCGCACUAUGAAAAGGCGAUAUUAUAAUGAAGAUAAUAAAUAACAAAAAAAUUGUUUAAUUUAAUCGAAAAGUUGUAAAA